CGAAGGUGCAACCUGAGACCAGAGGCGGUCAUUUCGGAUAUGCUGCGGAAGGUGGCCAAAUCGGCGGACGUUGUCGUCGUCGGCGCCGGCGUCGCGGGCUGCUCGGCCUUCUACGGCUUGGCCAAGCGCAACCGCAACACGGCCCAGCGUGGCGCACCGUCGUCCUUCAAGCCGAUGCUGCUCGACGCCAUGUCGCCCAUGUCGCUUACGAGCGCCCGCGGGUCGUUCCAGUACCGCAACUGGUGGCCUAACGCCGGCGAAGAGGCCAUGAUGCGCCUCGUGUCGCGCUCGAUCGACCUCAUGGACGACUACGCCGACGAGAUUGAUCUCAACCGCAACGGAUACCUCUUUGUAACGCGAAGCGAGCGCCAAGUGUCAGUCUUCCGCGACCAAGCACUGCGCCACGAGGCGCUUGGCGGCGGCGCCCUUCGCGUGCACAACGGGUCCCUCGAUGCCUACAACCCGUCGACGGCCGCCAUCGACCGCGCCGACGGCUGCGACUUUAUCCUGGGCGCCGACGCCGUUGCCUCGGCCUUUCCAUCGCUCGCUGCGUCGGGGGCCGUCGCAGCGCUCCACGUCCGUCGCGCGGGCUCGCUCAAUCCCUUCAAGAUGGGCAACUAUCAACUGACAAAGGCCACCGAGUACUGCCCGCACGCCGAAGUCGUUCGCGGCAAGAUGGUCGACAUCCAUGCGGCGGGCGGGCGCAUCUCGGGCAUUACAGUUGUCAUGCACAACGGCGACAAGCACUUUGUGGCAACGCCCAAGCUCGUCCUUGCGCCCGGGCCGAUGCUGGAAGGCACGCUGCAGCUGCUGGCGAAGAAAAAAUUGCUCGGCGACCCGCUCCCGAUCCAGCACGAACUCCACGCCCGCGUGGUCUUUGAUGAUCCCAAGCACAUAAUGACUUCGUCCGCGCCGCUGACAUUCGACAUGGACCCGAUCGGGCGGCUGCAGUUUGCACCGGACGAACGACAGGAUGGCGAUCCUCUGGCGCAUGCCGAGUUUCCCGCAGGCGUCCACGUGCGGCCGUAUGGCGACGGCAAGGCGCUCGCAGUCUGGACCUACGACACGGCGUUUGUGGACCCCGUGUUUCCGAUUCAAACCAUCUUGGAUCCACGCUAUGGCGAAAUCUGCCUGCGGGGCCUCACGCCGCUCUUUCCUCAAAUGGCCUCGUACUUGAGCGACCCCCAUGUCCUCGCGUCGAUGCAGGUGGACGGCGGCUACUACUGCAAGACGCCCGACAACCGGCCGCUCAUCGGUCGUUUCGCGCAGAGUGUCGAUGGUCUCUACUUCCAAGCCGCCAUGACCGGCGUCGGCCUCAUGUCAAGCGCCGCCGCCGGAGAGCUCUUGGCAGCGACGGUCAUGGGCGACGUCGAUUUUGAGAGCCCGUCGACGCCGCCACCGUUCGCAGCGUACGCCGAUGCGCUGUCACCGAACCGAUUCCAAGACGAAGCGUAUCGGGAGUCGAUUGCGGGCAUGCAGACCUCGGGCCAAAUGUAAUACACGGCGUUCAUCAAGAGUGUUGUAGUACAUAGCUGUGAGAAAUGAUGGGAUUGCAUGUCCCUGUACGUG